CACAUCUCAACUUGUAAUGCUGCAGCUGGGGUUGUUUUAACUGCACCUGUGUUUAACCGCAUCACCUGAAUAUCAUCUAGUUUUUUUAGAAGUGUGUCUGCUGCAGAUCACAUUAAAUUUCUUAUGAGUGUGAUUCAUAAAUAUCCUUAAUACUCAUUCUUCUACUUUGCAUUUGACGGUGGCUGGAAACCAGUACAUAAUGUACAUUACUGCCAUCUUCUGCUCUGGAGUUUAAAACAUUUCCUGCAAUCUAUCUAUUAAUCUGUAGACUGUUGAAUAAGGUCAAAGAAGAUAUUUUAAUCCCUAAUUCCAGAAACAAACCAGGCUCUUUCAGGUAAUACAAAACUGAGCAUGAUACUGCAGUAACAACAGUGGGUGAUUUCUGCUAGCAUCACAGCUUCACAGGUACAGCUAAUGAGGCCAGUUAGCACAAUGAAGGACGAAGACUGGUACACUGCCAUUGCAAGGCCAGUGGAUACGCUGAAGAGCUUGAGAAUGUUAAACUAAUAACCAUUUGUUGAAGGUUAAAUUUAUCCUUUAUAACACAGCUUUUCUUUCUUGUUCGGGUCAGGGACUGAAAUGCUGCUUCAGUAACAGGUGAAACCAGAUGACCAGGUCUGAUGACCAGGUGUUAACAUUUGUCACAGCUUGGAAUGAGGUGUGGCAGUGUGGCCAGUGUUUAAAAGGUCCUGCUUCUGAUGAGGAAUUUCAGCUGGGAUUCAAGGUCCAUCCAAGAUGCAGGGUAACAUGAUGUACCGGCUUAACAGUUGUGGGCUCAUACUGGUUUUUCUCUUGAGUUGCUCAGAAGCAGAGAUAGAGACGCCAGACUUUUCUCAAGACUGCACACAGAUCAAAAUUGAAUCACCGACAGCUUCGAGUGGGGUUUAUAUGAUCAAGCCUGCUGGUGUUAAUGCCCCCUUCAUGGUGUACUGUGAGAUGCGUCCUGAUGGAGGCUGGAUGUUGUUUCAGAGACGCAGUGGAAAAGAGCAACGCUUUGACAAAGACUGGAAGGAGUAUAAAAAUGGUUUUGGAGCCUUGACAAAUGACCACUGGCUCGGUCUGCAGAAGGUUUUUUCUCUGACAAAUGACAAAUCCAAGAGGUGGAUGUUGAGGGUGGACCUGUGGGACCAUGAAGGGGGCUCUGCUUUUGCUGAGUACAGUGACUUUAGUCUGGGAAAUGAGGAGAUGAAUUACAAAUUGCAUGUUGGGAAGUACAGUGGAAAUGCAGGUGACGCCAUCCGUGGUGCCUAUCCAGGAAUCGAUCAAAAUGGCUUUGGCUUCAGCACCAUCGACCGUGACAAUGACGGCUGCUCUCCAUGUAUUUUUGGUGACAUUGCUCAAUCGGAUUGUGUCUCCUCAGAGGGCGGUGGCUGGUGGUACAGCCGGUGUGGCUCUGCCAGUCUAAAUGGUGAAUGGCAUCCUUUUGGUAACCACAUUGGUUGGGCUUCAGGCCUCCACUGGCUCACCUGGAAACCUCCUGCACCCUACUCAGCCAAGGCCUCUAGAAUGAUGAUCAAGUCUAUGUGAGGGGAGCUCUGGCUGUCCUGCUCUCAGGGUAUUUCUAAAUGUUGAGAUCACAUAUUUUCAAACAUACUUGCACAUGUCAAUAAAAGAAGUAUUUAUAGGGAUAUGUGACAUUAAAAUCACGUGUGGUGGAAAGCUCUGCAUACCAGUUUCAGUUUCCGGCUAUCUUUCCGGUUUACCCUACAACAGAAGAUUCUUGUUUUAAUUGUUUUUAAGGUGAAGGAUGUUUGCUGUCCAAAUCAUUAAGCUCCCAGAAUUU